CAGAUGUACCUUCUGUAGCCCACGCCUCCGUCAGCAGCAUCACCGUGAUUUCCUCUGUGAUCUCCAGCCCUGACAUAACUCACCUUGUUAGAGGGAGAAACAGGGAGCGGUGUGUUUGUGGAACUUUGAACCCAUGGAUGUCUCUCUGAGGAGCAGUGAGGAGAACACAGACGCACAGCCUGACACCCACGUUCACACAAUACAAGACAGGACGGAUGAAGGAGUGAUGGAGGGGGGAAAAAAAAGAAAAAAUCAGAUACGUAGCCUCCCUGCUGCUGCUGCUGCUGCUGCUGCUGCUGCUGCUGCUGCUGCUGCUGCCGGGCCUGGCCUGUAUGAAUGCUGAAUGGAUGUGCGUGUGUGUGUGUGUCACAGCGUCUCCAGGUGCUGUUUGUCUCCACAUCAGUGAGGCGUCACUUCCUCUCUGUAAUUGACUCCUAAUAACUGUGAUGAAAGAAUAUCUGAGCGCAGACCUUUGGGACUAAAUAUAGAAAUGUAGAAACAGGAAGCCUGACUGACUCCAGAGUGAGCAUACAACCAGUUUCUCACUUCUGAAAAGUAGAAGUGAUUUAUUCUUUAGCUCCUAUUAGAGUCAGUGUCUGCGUCCAGGAUAUUUCUCUUCCUCAUCAUGAAUUAUUCUGUCUGAGUGUAAGAGAGAACGUUCAGCCUCCGCAGCACUUUAGUGUCUGUGUGAGAGCUGCGGGAGAAAUUUAAAUUUAAAGUGUCUGAGUGCAGAUCUAUCUGUCUGUGUGUGUGUGUGUGUGUCUUUGUCUAUGUGUGUGUACGUUUACAGAGCCUCGGAGACUUGAAGACCAGGAAAGUCAAAGGGUGAGGAACCAGGAACCAGGACCCAGGAAGGCACCAUGGCUCUGACGUCCCUGCCCUGGUACUGUGCAGCUCUGGUGCUGUUCUACAGUUCUCCCUGGCCUCAGGUUCACACGGCUGUAGCACCGGAAAAUGAAGUUCCACUCCGACCCACCGUGUGGAUACAAGAGGGAAAGGUGACAUCUGUGAACCUGCACAAAGGACGAACUCGCAGGCUCUACUUCACACUGAGGAAGAAAUCUCCAGGCCUGUCAGUGAGCGUCAGCCCCUGUGAUCAAGCCAUCGACUGGAGUCUGGCCGCACGCACCCUGAAGGACAAACCCUUCAAGAGUCUGCAGUGGAGCUCCAAAAAGAGCGUGCCUGAAGUGUGGUGGCACGGUCCUGGCUCGGAGGAGAAACUAUACAGCUUCACUGGCAUCACUGAGGACACCUACAGGGGUCCUUCCUACCCACAGGCCUCAGUCUACAUCCUGAGGCUGCGCUCUAAACUGCACAACACCAGAGCGACGGUGUCCUUCCACGAAGGUCUGGGACCGUCAGGAACCUUCCCUCUGCUCCCAGCCGACCCUCGCGUUCACACUUUAGGAGUAGGAAUGACCAGCGUCACCCUCAGCUGGGCCCCCAGCGCCUCGAUCACCAACCUCCACCAAUCACAGAAGAGUUACUAUUACUGCGUCCUCGUCAACCCUGAACAAAACUUCCCCAGUCUUUGUGCUGCUCAGGAGAACAAGAAAUCGGAGAAAAGACAAAAACUGGACAAGAAGCAGAAGAAAAAGAGGAAAGUGACGGAGUGGCCCAUCGUGAAGGAGCCGUGGUGGCAGCAGGAGGACGACUCUUAUCCAAAAGACCAACCUUCUUCUCUGGCUGAUGAACUGAGUGAUCCCCAGUGCGUCUGCCGGGGAACGGAAAGCGUUUGCACCAUCUCGGAACUUCUCCCUGACACCCAGUAUUACUUUGACGUCUUUGUGAUGGACAGGCUGAACGGAACAAGCUCAGCGUACAAGGGCACAUUUGCUCGGACACACGAAGAGGCUAACCCUGCGAUCGGCACGCUCAAAGAAGGAGAGCUGAGAUGGGUGACCUUCAAAGACGCGGGGUCCACCUCUGAGCAGUUCUUCACUUUUCGUCCUCGGGGUUGGCAGCAGAGUGGUCUCCUCACCCUGCAGAGCUGCAGUGAAGAAGAGAAAGUCCAGGUCACUGUGUCCAGCAAGAGUCGGGUUUUGACGUCUCAGAAUGUGGGAGUGGAAGUUGUUCACAUUUGGCUCCAUGGAAGUUCGUCGUACCUCGUCCACCUACGGAGAGAAGGGACUAUCUCCAAAGGUUCUACCACCACGGACUUGGCUCGUCCUGGAGGUCUGACAGCUUCAGUUAAAAUGCAGAGCUCCUCAGCCUACCAUCGCAAAGGAAUCCCAUCUCUGCCUUCCACCUUACAGAUAAAGUCCUUCAACCGGUUGCGGAGCUGCAACAGUGUGACUCUGGCCUGGAUGGGCACAGAAGAAAGAAGCCUGUUCUGCGUGUACAGCAGGAAGGUGGGAAACGGAGAAGCUGGGGAUGGAGAUGCUUCAGCCCUGAAUGCACCCUGCCUGGGGCCAGAGUCCCGCCCUGACACAGAAAGAGUUCUCUGUAAGUACUUUCAGGAGCUGAAUCCUCACCGGGCCGUCACCACAGCUGUGAUUGGAGGCCUGGAGCCAGGGAUGGCCUAUGUGUUUGAUGUCUAUCUAAUGAGACGCUGGGGGAUCCCUAUCAAAUAUGCCAGCAAGGUGGUGAAGACCAGGAAGGAAUGUUGAGCUACUGCCCCCUGCAGGAGGGCCAAAGAUUGUCCCGAUAUGCCGGGGACACGCUGACCAUGAUAACGAAGCCAUCCGAUCAUUGUGGAGAGACUGACGCCAUGGAGGAGAACUCUCCUGGGACUGAAAUCCCAUUGGCAGAAUUUCUGCAGGUGGAUGGAAAGCAAACAUGGAGACCCUGUACACCAGCAAAACCUUCAUAACAUUUACAACACAACUCUUGUCGUGCUGUUGUCGUCAUCUUUGAAUUUUCUCAUUGUUGGACUUUGAUGUGCCAGUUGUUCCAGUAUUUAUUAUGUUUGUGAGGACGAAGGACAGACAGAGGUUUGUGUUGAUGGAAAGUCACCACAAAAACAACAACAACAACAACAACAACAACAAGAGACCUUGCCAAACAUGCAGCAGAAACAGAUGGGGCAAUAAUUGGACAACAUCUGAGACUGGGGGGGGGGGGGGGGUAAUGGGGGGGGGCAGUGUAUAUCUUCAGUGCUGCAUAAUGUACAGGCUCAUAAACACAGAUGAGUGAAAACUACAGAUGCUUAGUUCAAAGUCAGUGUGGAUCUUUGUGUACUGCUUUCGCAUGGAGCAGUAAAAAAAAAAUACUUGGUGACUUGACUCAUUGUCUUUGAUGUAUUCCUGUGCAGCUUCAAAUGCACCAAUAAAUACUGAGGUAUCUGUGUCAUCGUGACUUUGUCUGGUUGUAAAAAAAAAUUUAAAAAUGCAGGCAGACCGACUUUUUAAAAGACACAGGGAAGUGAAAAAGUCCUCGGCCAAUCACUGAUCCUAAUCAUGUAAAUGUAUAUAAAUAAACUUCAGUUUUACCAACUAUAUGUAUGCAUAACAAAUAUGUCUGACUGACUUUUAGUACAAUUAAAUGCAAUCCACUCAGUCACGAACACUUUGACGAUUUAAAGACGAAAGGUAAGGACAUUUAUAUAUUUUUUUACUCUUUACACCGGUUGCCUGCAAUUACUUUUCAUAAUCCAGUAGAUGUCACUAUUAAACGAUUUACCAACAGCGUCAACACAGUCAAAACACACUUCUUCUCUACUCUUUUAUAUAGACAGUAAUACUUCCUUUACACCAAAAUCAACACAAAAAUUCCAUAAUUUUUGCUUCUAAAUUUUUAAACUAAACGCAAUUAUCUCAAAGGACUGUGACAGCACCACAUCAAAGGUCAAAUGACAUUUGUUACACCUUUAUUGAACGUCAAAUCUAACACGAAU